GCCACACUUCCUGUUGAUCCUGGCGGCCGGGGGCCGGGCUGAGGGGCGGGCCGCGGUCAGUGGGCAGGCGCGGGCUCGAAGCUAAGCCUCAAGUCCCCGUGCGCCGAGUGUCCUCUCCUCGCGUCCCGCGCUCCCUCGCAGCCUCGCCAUGCCCGCCGUGGACAAGCUCCUGCUGGAGGAGGCGUUGCAGGACAGCCCCCAGGCACGCUCCUUACUAAGUGUAUUUGAAGAAGAUGCUGGCACCCUCACGGAUUACACCAACCAGCUGCUGCAGGCCAUGCAGCGUGUCUAUGGUGCACAGAAUGAAAUGUGCCUGGCCACUCAGCAGCUUUCGAGGCAACUUCUGGCAUAUGAAAAACAGAAUUUUGCACUGGGCAAAGGCGACGAGGAAGUAAUUUCUACACUACAUUAUUUUUCCAAAGUGGUGGAUGAGCUCAAUGGUCUGCACACAGAGCUGGCCAAGCAACUGGCCGACACUAUGGUUCUCCCUGUUAUACAAUUUCGAGAGAAGGAUCUCACAGAAGUCAGCACGUUGAAGGAUCUCUUUGGACUUGCCAGCAAUGAGCAUGACCUGUCAAUGGCAAAAUACAGCAGGCUCCCUAAGAAGAAGGAGAACGAGAGGGUGAAGACGGAAGUUGUGAAAGAGGUGGCAGCUGCCCGACGGAAACAGCACCUCUCAUCCCUUCAGUACUACUGUGCACUCAAUGCACUGCAGUACCGCAAGCGGGCAGCCAUGAUGGAGCCCUUGAUAGGCUUUGCCCACGGACAGAUUAACUUUUUCAAGAGAGGAGCAGAGAUGUUCUCCAAAAGUAUGGACGGUUUCUUAUCAUCCGUUUCAGACAUGGUUCAGAGCAUUCAGGUGGAACUGGAAACUGAGGCAGACAAGAUGCGGGUGUCCCAGCAAGAGUUGCUUUCAGUCAGUGAAUCUGUUUACACUCCGGACAUCGAUGUGGCCACACCGCAGAUCAACAGGAAUCUCAUCCAGAAGACUGGCUACCUCAAUCUCAGAAACAAGACGGGACUGGUCACCACCACGUGGGAAAGGCUGUACUUCUUCACCCAAGGCGGGAACCUCAUGUGCCAGCCAAGGGGAGCUGUGGCGGGAGGCUUGAUUCAGGACCUGGACAACUGCUCUGUGAUGGCGGUGGAUUGCGAAGACAGACGCUAUUGCUUCCAGAUCUCCACGCCCAGUGGCAAACCGGGAAUAAUUCUCCAGGCAGAGAGCAGGAAGGAAUAUGAAGAGUGGAUAUGUGCAAUAAACAACAUCUCCAGGCAGAUCUACCUGACGGACAACCCAGAGGCAGUAGCCAUCAAGUUGAAUCAGACGGCUCUUCAGGCGGUGACUCCAAUCACAAGCUUUGGGAAAAAACAAGAAAGCUCCUGCUCCAGUCAAAACAUAAAAAAUUCAGACACAGGAAAUGACAAGAUCGUUCCCAAAGCAGCAGCCAGCAUUCCUGAGACAGAGGAGCUGAUCGCACCUGGGACUCCCAUUCAGUUUGAUAUCGUACUUCCUGCAACAGAGUUCUUCGACCAGAACAGGGGCAGCAGGCGCACCAACCCUUUUGGUGAAACGGAGGAUGAUUCAUUCCCUGAAGCAGAAGAUUCUCUUUUGCAGCAGAUGUUCAUUGUCCGGUUUCUGGGAUCAAUGGCAGUUAAGACAGACAGCACUACCGAAGUGAUUUAUGAAGCAAUGAGACAAGUACUGGCUGCCCGGGCUAUUCACAACAUCUUCCGCACGACCGAAUCCCAUCUGAUGGUCACUAGCCAAACUCUGAGGUUGAUAGAUCCUCAGACUCAAGUGUCAAGGGCCUGUUUUGAGCUUACGAGUGUCACACAGUUUGCUGCUCACCAAGAAAACAAAAGACUAGUUGGUUUCGUCAUCCGGGUGCCGGAUUCCACAGGAGAAGAGUCUCUGAGCACAUACAUUUUUGAAAGCAACUCAGAAGGCGAAAAGAUAUGUUAUGCUAUUAAUUUGGGGAAAGAAAUUAUUGAGGUUCAAAAGGAUCCAGAAGCACUGGCUCGAUUAAUGCUGUCUGUACCACUAACCAAUGAUGGAAAGUAUGUACUGUUAAACGAUCAAGCAGAUGAUACUGGCGGAAGUCCAAGUGAAAACAGAGGCGCAGAAUCUGAAGCAUAACUCACUUGGGCAUCGGGGGUCAGAGUACGUGGGAAGGAGAGCCACCUCCUUAAGGGGUUUUCAACUUCUCUGACGUACAGGCACACUGACCUGAAUUUAGAACACCGACAAUCACGUGUGGACUGUACCCUCGGAUGCCCUGGCACAGAAACAUGGGAGGGAGACAGUAAGAAAUGGGUGAGAGCGUGCCUACCCAUCUACAAAUGCUAUUUUAGGUGCUUUGUGGUAAGUCUUUGCUUCAGACUAUCGGGUACCUAGAAUGAGAGCUAUGAAAAUGCAUUGUUCACUUUAUUUGGAUAGCAUCACUUCAGUUCCUAGGAUCCUUUUAUAAAUGGCGAAACUCUGGAUUUACAAUUUAUUAAAUACUAAAUAGUUCCUAUUAAUAUGAUCUAUUUUUGUAUUUUACUUAGUUUUUAAGUGCCUGUCAUUCUGAAGAUUAUAUAUUUAUAACCCGCUGGUCUCACACAUGGACCUCAUGGCAUUGCUAUGCAAUUUGGUCUCCAACACUAGCAAGACAGCAAGUCUUCACAACCGAACCUUUCUGAACCAGAGUUCAUUCAGAAGCCUCAGGCCCUCUUAGAUGUGGCUGCUUUCCCACGGUGAGCAAGGGACAGCCCUACUGGUUCCUGUUUCCUCUGAGCCAGGCCUUCCUCAAAGGGACCAGUUAAUUUUAAAACUCACUUGAAACUCAGCUAGCUGUGGGGCUGUGUGUAAAGUUCUGGUUUCUACCUUGAUGUUUCUGGUUCCUGGAGUCCCAGACCAAUCUCCAACCCCUAAUUAUGAAGUAGAGAUAAAGGUCUUGAAAUCAUGCAGCAUAAAUUAAUUGUAACCACCUUCAACAACCUGUCUUUGUAAUAACUUAGCAAUAAAAACUAUUUCAUCUCUUU